CAGGCCUCAAUCAGUGAAGAAGGCAACUGACAGUCAUCCACCGAUGUCCCUCCAUUGAGAGUUAGCAUCUCCAGGAGGGAGGGACCCAGCACUACUGAAGGCUGUCACUGGUUGGAACAUGGGACAGCCCUGAAAAUGAAAAACAGCAUAGAGAAAACAGCUGCCAGAGGCUGUAUCCAUCUGCUCACCUAGAGAAGCUACCAGCUGCCCCAGAAGAUAAGCACUGGGUGAGAGACAGACCCGUGAGAGCUGUGUGCCAGUGAGGAAGCCCCAGCACAGGGCUUUCCUCCUGCCACAGCAGCUCCCUUCCAAGCUUCCAAGCCCACCCUCCUGCCUCAGCUGACUGUGGGCUGAGCUGUGUCCCCUGCCCUGUGGCAGCAGAAGAAGGGGUGAAGGAAGGCAGGCUGCAGCAGGGAUUCCCCAGGAGAAGCAUCCUUGGACAAAAGAACAUAAUGGACCGUUUCCGGAUGAUCUUCCAGUACUUCCAGUCAAACUCAGAGUCUGUAAUGAAUGGGAUCUGUGGGCUGUUAACACUGGCUAGCAUAAAGAUGUAUACCUCCAUUGACUUCAGCUGCCCCUGUCUGCCCCACUACAACAUGGCAUAUGGCUUGGGGAUCAUGUUUGUACCUGCUAUCGUCCUCUUCCUCUGCGGCCUCAUCCUCAACAGACAGUCCCUGGUGAUGCUGGAGGAAUGGAGCAGACCACAGGGGCGCAGAAAGAAGGACCUGGCUGUCAUCAGGUACCUAUGCUCCUCCAUCAUGCAGCGAGCCAUGGUGGCCCCUGCUGCCUGGAUCAUAGUCACCCUCCUGGAUGGCAAAUGCCUGAUCUGUGCUUUCAGCAGCUCCAUGGACCCUGGGAAGUUUGUGGACUUUGCCAGCGCCAGCCCAGUGCAGGUGCAGCAGCUGCUGGCCAAGGUGCCCUGCAAGGAUGAGGAGCUCAUGAGGAACAACACGUCCCGCAAGGCAGUGUCCAGGUACCUGCGCUGCUGGUCCCAGGCACUCGGGUGGAGUAUUUUGUUGAUCCUUAUCAUAGCAGCUUUCCUCGCCCGGUGGCUCAGACCUUGCUUCAACCAGGCUGCCCUCCUGCAGGCACGUCACUGGAGCAACUACAUUGACAUGGAGCAGAAGAUUUUUGAGGAAACGUGCUGCGAGCACAGCCGGCUCUUCGCUCACAAAUGCAUCCUCCACUUCUUCGAAAGCAUGCGGCAAGAGAUCAAACUGCACAGCUUCAGCUCGCUGAGGGAAGGAGAGGGGGCUGAAGGAGACCAAGAUCUUCUCCGGGGCAUCACAGAUCGGGAGCAGGUGAACAAACUCCUGAAAAUGUGGUACUAUGAGAAACCUCCCCUGGAUGUCAGCAAAGCGACCCAGAGCCAUCCCCUGGGCCAAGAGAGAUCCCCUCUACCCUGGGCAGACAGCCCUAGAACUGGGUCCAAAUUCCCCCGGCACACCAAUGUGUAAAGAGGCCUGUGUCCUGCAGACACUGAAGGGGCUCUGCUGUACCUCUGCACAAAGCAAGGAGCAGCAGGCAGAUGAGCAGUGGUGCUCACAUCUUCC